GGACUCUCACCGUAUCAAUGGUACAUCUAUCUAAUUUAGUAUUCAAGUCUAUUCUUCGUUUGGGCCCACUGUCACACCAGAGAAACACUCAAGGACCAUGUUGGCGUCGAUGGUGCCUAGAAAUUCAAAGCCGCGCCAGAGGUCUACAAAGUACGUGCCUGGCUAAGACAGCGGGAAACACAUUUUGGAUGAUCAGUUCCAAUCCGUUCGACAUAAUAGGGGACUCUCCACGUGGACAUGAAAGUCAUUUAGAUUGACCGGUCCGGGCAAGGAUAUGGGUGGCAGUGGCAGUGGCACCGGGCCUGUGGCCGACGACGAUCGUAAACAAAUUUAGUAGUAGAAAUUUUACAUCCUAUUAAGUGAUGUUGGGUGUCGUCCUAUAAUUUGGUCCAUUUACAAGUUGUGGACGUCCAGAUUAGGAGUGUAUGCUGAUAAUAUUUCCAAACGCUCCACAAAAGUAAGAAGUAUUUGGGGUAAGGCAGCUAGAUUACUCUAACCUCCCAUUUCCCCUCCAAGAGUCCAUGGUGUUGUGAAACUCAGAGUGAAUAGGGAGGUACG